AUGUCAGAUGAUGUUGAGAAUAAUCAUGAACAAAAUAGUGUGCCCAAUGAUCAAUCAUUGAAUACAACAGAUGAUAUCAGCACAGUUAGAAGAAGAAAUUUAAAUAGAGUGAAUGAAUCAAGCGAUAAAAAUGAGCAACCUCAACCGAUGAUCGAAGAAAUCGAUGAAACAACGUCAACAACUACUACUACUUCUACUACCACUACAAACAACAACAAUAAUAAUAAGAAUACCAAUCCAGAAACCAAAGAACAAGAGAAUACAGAAGAGGAAAAGGAAUCAAAUAAUCAAUUCGAAUGUAAUAUAUGCUUUGAUGAUGUAUCAGAGCCGGUAGUUACUCAAUGCGGACAUCUAUUUUGCUGGUCGUGUAUAUUUCAAUGGUUACAAUAUAAUGCAAGUCAACAGUGUCCCGUAUGUAAAGCACCAGUGACAGAAGAGAAACUGAUACCAAUCUAUGGAAGAGGAAGCAAUGCAACAGAUCCAAGAAAGAACAGAUCAAUACCACAACGACCACCUGGAAGACCAGAACAAGUAAGACCGAAUCAGAAUAACUCAAAUAGAACUUAUCCCGAUGUUUUUGGAGCAAAUCAAUGGAACACUCAGUUUGGAAAUGUAUCGAUAUCAGCAGGCUUUGGUCUUUUCCCUGGCUUAUUUGGAUUACACUUUUAUCAACAAAAUAAUAACAAUAACAAUUCUAUUAAUAAUAAUGGACGACCACAAAAUAGUGCUGAUUUUGAAUCACUUCUUUUAUCAAGAAUAUUCUUUGCAAUUGGUAUAAUUAUAUUAUUCUUUAUAUUAGUUAAUUAG